AUGUCUCCUUCAACACCGUUCAACGUGAUUUACAUAGGAGCGGGAACUAUCAAUUUUGGUGGACCUGUUCAACCUUGGAAUCAUUCUAUCAGGAUCGAAAAAAAACUAGGUUCACGUCUCAAUGUAGUUGGUAUAGUAGAUAUAUACCCUCAAGCUGCACAUAAAGUCAUAGCGAAGAAGAGGGAGGAGAAAGUUGGAGGGUAUGAAGAGACUUUGGUUUUUGAAAGUAUUCAAGAUGCCGGGAAAGUUUUACAAGGUGAUAAAGUACCUCACCUCGCAGUAAUAGGUACCCAUCCAUGGACUAGAGGAUCCACUAAACCAGGUUCAGACGCAGAAAUACAACUCGUAGCCGCUUGGCCAAAAAUAGGUAUGCAUAUUGAGAAACCAUUAAGUUCAUCAAGUGUAGAAGAAGUUAUGAAAGUGGUUCAAAAGUUAGAAGAAGCUGGGACGGUUACUAGUGUUGGGUAUAUGUUGAGGUAUGUUACAGUCAGAAAGAUCAUCGAAGAAAACAACCUUACUAUCAUGGCGACCGUUGCGAGGUAUUUGAUGGCAUAUCAAUUCGCAGGUACAACCCCUGCUAGGGUAGAUUUCUUUGAUAAAUCUCUUCGUUUAGGACCUAUCGUAGAACAAGCUACUCAUAUUUGCGAUCUAUCGAGAUUCUUCGCACCACCCGUCAUACCAAGUUCGAUCCAAGUUCAUACUAUCUCACAUACUGAACCUACUGGACAUUUGAAAGAAUUCACACAUGAUGAAUCAAAAAUACAUCCUGAAAAUAGGAUACCUAGGUUGACUACUGCUAUUUGGAAAUACGAAGGUGGUGCUUGUGGUACUUUGGUUCAUGGAUUGACUUUACAUGAGGGAGAAUUCUCUGUUGAACUUGUCAUCCUAGCAGAUGGAUGGUGUUUGAGGUUGGUAGAUCCAUAUAAUACAAACCCUAAAUUAUAUGUUCGUCGACCUGUUGACGUUUUAGAGGAAAUACCUAUAGGUGAAGAUGAUUGUUAUCUCAACGAAUUCUCAGCUUUGAUCGAUGUUAUAGAUGGUAUUGCUCCGCGUGAUGUGAUACAAUCUCCAUAUGAAGACGCUGUGAAGUCUUAUAAACUUACAUGGGAUAUCCGUCUUCAAGGAGAAGCUACAGAACGUGCUCGUGGGAUUAUACAUCCUCCUGUUGAUGUGUCUUCGUGA